AAUAGAGUUAUUUACAAUGUUUUGACCAUGUUGGUCGUCGUCAGGUUCAGCCUUUAUUUCACCAGGAUGUUGCGCAGGGCACAGAGUUGCGUUAAAGACAGUGAUGUCUAUGUGUGAAUCGGGAAGUAGAAGACACACACCAGGUCACAAGUACCUAAACACACACGCUCUCUCAUCCAUUCAUGGCUCCACAUUUCCUCCUUGUCCUGCACAUCCUUUUCUUCCUCGCUGGACUUUCAGCUAUACAGAGUGUGUCCACAGUGAGACAUGUGUCUGUAAAGCAAGGAGGCUCCAUCACCAUCCCAUGUCUCUAUGAUCUGAGAUAUAGAAACAGUGUGAAGUACUGGUGUGCGGGAUCUAGUAUCCUUGGUUGCUCUUCUGUAGUACGCACUGACCAUCCUAAGACCAGUGGAAAGACCUCAUUCUCUGAUGACAUCAACCAGCUAGUCUUCACUGUGACCAUGACAAGUCUUAGUUCUAGUGAUUCUGAUUAUUACUGGUGUAUUGUGGAGAGGAAGAACAAGGCAGGUGAUGGGAAUAGACUGCAGAUAUCUGUUACUCCAGAUACUCCAGGACUGUAUGUGGAUCAACAAGAAGUGACUGGAGUUGUAGGACAGAAUGUCACUGUGCAAUGUUACUACAGUGAAGCUGGAGCCAGAGGGAGGUGGUGCAGGAUGGGUGGGAAAUGUCUGCUGAAUUCUGGAACUCUAGAUGGAACAUCAGUGACAUUACACCAGCAGACCAAUAUUGUCACCAAUGGCAAUGUUUUAACGGUGACUAUGAGUGCACUGAGGAUAGUGGACACUGGCUGGUACAGGUGUGCAAAUGGAGACUAUCAGAUGCCUGUUCAUAUCACUGUCAAUCAGCUAACCACAAAGCAAAAUACCACCUUCAUGCCAACAGCCCAAUCUGUAGUCUCUUCUCAGCCGUCAGUCAGCAACAUCCAGACAUUGGAACGUACAUUCUUCUACCUGCUGAAAGUUGGUAAUGCACUGCUCUUCCUCCUGUGCAACAUCAUUGGAGUGGUAAAGUUGAGGAAAAACCGACAUCAAGAUGAUACCAAGGAUGUAUAGAAACCAAAGAGGUCUGUCUGGAGUGAUCAAGGGUCAAAUUUACCAACUUUAUCCAGCUUUAUCUGUAUGAUUCAUUUUAUUCAAAUUAUUAUAUUAUUAUGUACAUACAUGUGUUGUGGAAUUAAAUUAUUGUCUGAUGUGUCUCUAACCCUUUUCCUGAUGGUUAUUUCUCAUGGUUUAAUUGUCACGUUCUGACCUUAGUUCUUUUAUUAUGUCUUUGUUUUAGUAUAGUCAGGGCGUGAUUUGGGUGGGUUGUCUAUGUUAGUUUUUUUUUUUUUUUUUUGAUUUGCUGUUUCUGUGUUUGGCCUGGUAUGGUUCUCAAUCAGAGGCAGCUGUCAAUCGUUGUCCCUGAUUGAGAACCAUAUUUAGGUAGCCUGUUUUCUAUUGUGUUUCGUGGGUGAUUAUUUUCUGUUGUCUGUUGUGUGUCUGCACCAGCCAGAACAGUUUUCGGUCGUUUCUCUUUGUUAUUUUGAUUAUUUCCGUCUUCAUUCUAAUAAAUAUGGACACAUACCACG